AUGGAGAAUAAAGAAAAUAAUUUGUUAGAUGCAAAAUAUUUGCAUGAACUUUCAAAAGAUGAUAUACUGGGUUUGGAGUUUGAUGAUUUAGAAGAUGUUUAUGAAUUUUAUAAAGCAUAUGCUUGUGCAAUGGGCUUUGGUGUUCGUAAAGGUGGCUGUAGGCGAAACAAAGAUGGAAUUGAAGUUAUGAAGCAUUUUGCUUGUUCGAAGGAAGGACAUAAGGCUGAAAAAAGGGAAAAGCUAGAAAAUCGGGCGCGAGAGCCUAAAAGGUCAUCUAGAAUAGAUUGCAAGGCUAACAUUCGGGUCAUUUUGAACAAAGAUAUAGGAAAAUGGUAUGUUUCACAUUGUGAACUUGAACAUAAUCAUCAGAUGGUAAAUCCCGCUCAAAUAUGUUUCAUUCGUUCGAAUAGGCAAAUUAAAGUAGCCGAUGUCUGUGAAGCAAAAGCUAUGAAAGUUGCAGCCGAAAGACAUGCUGAAGUCAAUAAUGGUGAUGUUCAAGCGACGCUGUUAUAUUUUGGAGUGAAAAAAGAAAUAGAUAAUGGCUUCUACAUGAAGCAUACGACUUAUGAUGAUAACAAACUGAAGAAUUUAUUUUGGGUUGAUUCGAUAACAAGAUCAGAUUAUGCUUGUUUCGGUGAUGUUUUGGCAUUUGACACAACUUAUAAGAAAAACACAUUUAAUUUGCCUCUUUUGGUUUUCAUUGGUGUGAACCAUCAUCAUAUGACCACCAUUUUUGCAUUAGCAUUCUUCACAAAUGAAGAUGCUAAAAGCUAUAUUUGGGCUUUGACCACAUUUUUGGAAUGUAUGAUGAACAAAAAGCCAAUAUCUGUGGUUAUUGAUGGGGAUCGAGCUAUGAGAAAGGCAUUGAAAAUGGUGUUCCCUGGAGUACGACACAGGCUAUGCUCUUGGCAUCUUGCCCCAUAA